GAGAGGGAACGUUCAUCUCUUAUCCUUCACACAAUUUCCUGGUUCAUAAAAGAACCAACCAUUGCCACAUUCAUAGCCAUUUUUAUGGCAGUUUCUCCACCUCAUAACCAUUCGACCUUCUGAACCGCUUAUCUUCUCCCCAUUCCAAUUUCCAACUUUCUGCUUGAACUUUCAAUAUCGUCAACACCAUCUACUGUUGCAUCAUCCUCGUCUUCUUUGCUUGCCCAUUCUUUAACCAUGGCAGCUGAAUUAUCCGGCGGCAAGAAUGCCAAUAAUCAGCUCUUGGAAGAACUCGAGGAGCUCAGCCAAUCACUUUACCAAUCCCAUAUUUCCACCACUCGAAGAACUGCCUCCCUCGCUCUUCCUCGAAGUUCAGUUCCUUCAAUUCCAUCCGCUGAUGAGACUGCCCCGGCUAAAAUCGAGGAGAAGCCCAGUAACAAGCUGCGAAGGCGCAUGUCCUUGUCUCCAUGGCGUUCCCGGCCAAAGCCUAAUGAUGAAAACGAGAAUAAACAUAUAGCCCAGAUAGCAAACCAGCCGGAGGUCAAGAGGUUGGAUGAAAGAGCAACUUCGUCGGCAGUGAAGAAGGGAAUUUGGAACUGGAAACCAAUAAGAGCUCUUUCUCAUAUUGGAAUGCAUAAAUUGAGCUGCUUGUUUUCUGUCGAAGUUGUCUCAGUCCAGGGCCUUCCAGCUUCAAUGAAUGGCCUCCGGCUCUCAGUCUGUGUUAGAAAGAAGGAAACAAAGGAUGGAGCGGUUCAUACAAUGCCAUCAAGGGUCUCUCAGGGAGCUGCUGAUUUUGAAGAGACCUUGUUCGUUAGGUGCCAUGUCUAUUGCGGUUCGGGGAGUGCCGGAAAGCCGCUGAAAUUUGAGCCACGGCCAUUUUGGAUAUAUGUGUUUGCAGUUGAUGCUGUGGAGCUUGAUUUCGGGAGAAGCUCUGUGGAUUUGAGCCAGCUAAUUCAGGAAUCAGUGGAGAAGAGCUACGAAGGCACACGAGUUCGGCAAUGGGACACAAGUUUCAAUCUUUCAGGGAAGGCAAAAGGAGGAGAACUGGUUUUGAAACUGGGGUUCCAGAUUAUGGAGAAAGAUGGAGGGAUUGGAAUCUAUAGUCAGGCUCAGGAAUUAAGGUCAGGCAAAGCUAAGAAUGCUUCUUCUUUUGCACGCAAGCAGUCGAAGACAUCCUUCAGUGUCCCUAGUCCAAGGUUGUCAAGCCGAAAGGAACCUUGGACUCCUUCACAGACAGCAGCAACGGCAGAACUUCAAGGAAUUGAUGAUUUGAAUCUCGAUGAGCCAGAGCCAGAGCCAACUCCCUCUGUUCCAAAGUUGGAAGAACCAGAAACAAAGAUGGAAGAUCUUGAUCUUCCUGACUUUGAAGUCGUGGAUAAAGGCGUUGAGGUUCAAGAACGAGAGGAUGAUGCAGACGGGCAAUCCGAAAAGUCUACUGAAGCAAAAUCAGUUUCAAGCGAGGUUGUCAAAGAGAUUGUGCAAGAUCAGGUACAUCUCAAAAGAUUGACCGAACUUGAUUCAAUUGCUCAACAAAUAAAAGCGCUCGAGUCUAUGAUGGGAGACGAAAGAAUUGUCAAGACAGAGGAGGAAACAGAUUCGCAAAGACUGGACGCAGACGAAGAACACGUGACGAGGGAAUUUCUUCAGUUGCUUGAGGAGGAGGAAACUAGCAAUUAUAAAUUCAAGCAACCUGAUGAAAUUCCCCCUCUCCAGCUUGAAGGAGCCGCGGAUUAUACAGAAUCCGAAUCCAAAGUGUACCUCCCAGAUCUUGGCAAGGGCUUAGGCUGUGUGGUCCAAACAAGGGAUGGAGGCUACUUAGCUGCCAUGAAUCCUCUUGAUACUGAAGUUGUGAGGAAAGACUCUCCAAAGCUAGCCAUGCAAAUAUCAAAACCAUAUGUCUUGCCGGCAUGUCAAUCCACAAGUGGGGUUGAAUUGUUCCUGAGGAUGGCAGCUAUGGGGUUUGAUGAACUUAGCUCUCAGAUCUUUUCUCUGAUGCCCUUGGAUGAUCUGAUGGGUAAAACUUCAGAACAGAUAGCUUUUGAAGGAAUUGCUUCUGCAAUCAUCCAAGGGAGAAACAAGGAAGGCGCUAGCUCCAGUGCUGCUCGUACAAUCGCUGCGGUAAAGCUCAUGGCAACCGCGAUGAGUACAGGUAGGAAAGACAGGAUUUCGACUGGGAUUUGGAAUGUGAAUGAGGAACCAUUAACAGCAGAGGAGGUUCUGGCAUUCUCAAUGCAGAAGGUCGAGGCCAUGGCAGUCGAAGCUCUGAAAAUUCAGGCCGAAAUGGCCGAGGAAGAAGCUCCAUUUGACGUUUCUCCACUCAACAACAAGGCUGCUACUGUUGGAAAUGAUCAAAACCAUCCCCUGGCUUCUGCUGUACCACUUGAGGAUUGGAUAAAAAAACAGAGCUUGGCUACUUCUGAUGGCGAGACAGGAGAUGGAGCGGCAGAUAUCAUAAUAGCAGUGAUGAUCCAGUUGAGGGAUCCAAUAAGGCGGCACGAGGCAGUUGGAGGGCCUGUGAUUGCACUUGUUCAAGCCACUGGUGCGGCAACCGAGGCCGAUAACUAUGAUGAUGAAAAGAGAUUCAAAAUAAAAAAUUUGUAUGUUGGGGGUUUGAAGAUAAGGAAGAGUGGGAAAAGAAAUGCAUGGGAUACAGAGAAACAGAGGCUGACAGCAAUGCAGUGGCUGGUUGCACAUGGAUUGGGGAAAGCAGGGAAGAAAGGAAAACAUGUGCAGGCAAAAGGGCAAGAUUUGUUUUGGAGCAUUUCCUCACGAGUGAUGGCCGACAUGUGGCUCAAACCCAUGAGAAACCCAGACGUCAAGUUUGCAGAACAGUAGGAGAGUCUCUUCUUUAACUCCACAUACAUAUAGAUCGAGCAAAUUCCUUUCAUUGCCAAUGCCAUAAUCAGCAACAUCGCUUCUUUUUUUUCCCAACAUAAGGAAUUCGAUAAAAAUUACAGAGGGUGAGAUUUGAUGCAGUUUGUAAGUAGAUUUCUGUCAAACAUUGCGAUAUAUCAAGAUCUUCUACAAUUUUCUAACUUAAAUACUUUCUAUAA